GGCGAGAUCCUGGCUCAAGUCUCUCCUGAAGGAGUGAAAGCAGUUUUGGAAUCCUGUCUGGAGUGGGAUGCAUGUGUGCCAGUGCGCAACUUCCAAUUAGCCCAGUAUUCUGCCAGCAUCCUUCAGCAUGAAGGGGGAUGGCUGCUCUUCCAGUCCUUUCUUCUGACGCGAUACAGAGAAAACAGAAGGCGGACCAGGUGCUGGCCCGGGUGGCAUACUUCAUUGAGAGGAGGAGGAGACCUUCGCGGAGAGAGAGAGCUCAUGAGACUGCCCAAGUGUUGAUAAUGCUGAAGCAUUGGGAUAAACUCUAAAUCAAGGAUGGCAUUCUCUAUCGAAGAUCUAAGGACAGAGUUGGCAAGAAGAAGCACCAGAUGGUAGUGCCAGACUCCCUUAACCCUCCCGUUGUCCUAGGGUCAAAAUGACCCGCCACUGUGUUGAACCAACUUUAUUUAAUUUUUAUAUUUUUUGGAUCAUUUGUGAGAAGGAGGCAGUGAUAUUUUCUUUAAAGUCUCACUGCCUCCCCACAAAUGAUCCCAAAAAUAUAUGUUUUUAAUAAAGUUGGUUCAACACAGUGGCGGGUCAUUUUGACCCUAGGACAAUGGGAGGGUUAAAGUCAUCGUUCUGAGAGGAACCCACGACGAAGCCGGCCACUAAGGCCAGACUAGAGCCCUCCAUCUGGUGCGUCAAAGGUUCUUCUGGACUGGGAUGGACGGGGAAGUGAAGAAGUAUGUCUCCUACUGUAAGCUCUUUAUGGUUGGCAAGACACUGGAGCCAGAGGCUAGGGCACUGUUGGAAUCUAUACAGACCAGCACAGCAUUGGAACUGGUGUGGAUAGACUUAUGGUCAGCAGAAUGAAGGAAUGGAGAGAGCGUUGAUGUACUCGUCAUCACAGAUCAUUUUAUGAAGCUGGCACAUGUGUUUCCUUGCCCGAUGCAGACAGCAACGGUGGUUGCCCAGAAGUUAUGAAACCAGUUAUUCUGUGUCUAUGGUUUUCUCCAGUGGAUCCACUCAAACAAAGGAGCGAACUGUGUGAGACCCUUAACCGCAGAAUUGCUACAAGUGUCAGGAGUCAAAAAGUCCCAUACCACUCCAUAUCAUCCAAUGGGCAAUGGUCAGACGGAAAGAUUCAACCUCACGCUCAGUAACAUGAUCCGGUCGUUGCCAGCGAGAGCAAAAGAAAAAAGGCCCCAGAUGACACAGACGCACACCUUCUCGUACAACUGUACCACACACGAAAUGACAGGAUUUGUGCCGUUCUAACCUGAUGUUCGGCCAAGUUCCACGGCUAUCAGUGGACAUCGUGUUUGGAAGCACCUUGAGGAACGAAGACGUGUUGACUCAUGACGAGUAUGUCGACUUGUUCCAAAAGGACCUGCGAGAGGCUGUCAGGAUCGCCCAAGCCAACACCACUGAAGCUCAGAAAAAGCAAGGCAGUAUAACAAGAGUGUGAAAGGUACUGCCCUGGAGAUUGGAGAUUGGCAAAACGAAAGGAAAUGGGAAAUGGAAAACUUGCCAAAUUGUGGUAUUCAACGGUCUAUGUGAUCACUUGGAAAGACCCCUGUGCACAGCUACAGAGUCAAAGAUCCUACUACCAAGAAGAGUAAGAUAGUUUGUCGAAACUUCAUACUGCCAGUGAACUACCUGAUGGUGGGACAAACAGACGAGGUGUCCACAGUCGCCUCUAAUGGAGGACAUAAACGCAGAAAGCGGUGACGAAAGACCGGUAUUCGAUAUGGAUAAGGAUUCAAAGGAUCAAAGGACUGAGGGGCCCACGGAAGCUGAAGCCCCAAGAUCUUAGGGACUGGAAGAUGGAG